GAGAAAGAGCUCACAAUCUGUUAUUUCUAAUUGCAAGAAAUAAAAUGAAAUGAAAAGUAAAGAAAAAAGCAGAGUGUAGUGGUUGUUAGAGCCAUGUGCAAAGCAAGAGUGACUUGGAUGUGAGCGGGCGUUCUAUGCCCGAGGUUUGUAACCACUCAGAGAGCAUUGAGCAAGUCCAUGAUGAAGUGGCUUGGAAGGACCUGAGUUGUGGAGUCAGACAGUCCUAGUGCUGAAUCUCGGCUUCACCACCAACCUUGGGCUGAUCCCUGACCUCAUUGAGCCUCAGUUUCCUUAUCUGUAAAAUGGGAGGCAAUGAUAAGCAGCUCCUUUGCAGGACUGCCACAAGUCCUGGAGGUCCCAGCACUGUGGGGGGCUCAGGGAGGCUCCAUCCCAAGUCUGACAGGCACUCCUCUCUGACCCCAGACACGGCUGUGAUCAGUCCCCAGGACCCCACGCUCCUCAUCGGCUCCUCCCUGCAGGCCACGUGCUCAGUGCACGGGGACCCGCCGGUGGCCACCGCCGAGGGCCUCUACUGGACUCUCAACGGGCGCCGUCUGCCCCCCGAGCUCUCCCGAGUGCUCAACGCCUCCACCCUGGCCCUCGCCCUGGCCAACCUCAACGGAUCCAGGCAGCAGUCGGGGGACAACCUCGUGUGCCACGCCCGUGACGGCAGCAUCCUGGCCGGCUCCUGCCUCUAUGUUGGCUUGCCCCCAGAGAAACCCUUCAACAUCAGCUGCUGGUCCAAGAACAUGAAGGACCUGACGUGCCGCUGGACGCCAGGGGCGCAUGGGGAAACCUUCCUCCACACCAACUACUCCCUCAAGUACAAGCUGAGGUGGUACGGGCAGGACAACACGUGUGAGGAGUACCACACAGUGGGACCUCACUCCUGCCACAUUCCCAAGGACCUGGCUCUCUUUACGCCAUACGAGAUCUGGGUGGAGGCCACCAACCGGCUGGGCUCGGCCCGCUCCGAUGUGCUCACACUGGACAUCCUGGAUGUGGUGACCACCGACCCCCCACCCGACGUGCACGUGAGCCGCGUCGGGGGCCUGGAGGACCAGCUGAGCGUGCGCUGGGUGUCGCCGCCCGCCCUCAAGGACUUCCUCUUCCAAGCCAAGUACCAGAUCCGCUACCGGGUGGAGGACAGCGUGGAUUGGAAGGUGGUGGACGACGUGAGCAACCAGACCUCCUGCCGCCUGGCCGGCCUGAAGCCUGGCACGGUCUACUUCGUGCAAGUGCGCUGUAACCCCUUCGGCAUCUACGGCUCCAAGAAGGCCGGGAUCUGGAGCGAGUGGAGCCACCCCACGGCCGCCUCCACCCCCCGCAGUGAGCGCCCGGGCCCGGGCGGCGGGGCGUGCGAGCCGCGGGGCAGCGAGCCGAGCUCGGGGCCAGUGCGGCGCGAGCUCAAGCAGUUCCUGGGCUGGCUCAAGAAGCACUCGUACUGCUCGAACCUCAGCUUCCGCCUCUACGACCAGUGGCGAGCCUGGAUGCAGAAAUCGCACAAGACUCGCAACCAGCACAGGACGAGGGGAUCCUGCCCUCGGGCAGACGGGGCGCGGCGAGAGGUCCUGCCAGAUAAGCUCUAGGGGCUGGGGCUGCCCUCCCUGCCUCAUGGAGACUGGGGGUCACCUCUGCACCCUCACCUCAGGGCACCCGAGCACCUUUGGCAGCAGCUGGAGUGGGUGCUCUGAGCUCCGAGGGCCAUGACAGUUCUGGCCUCCAUGUGAGGCCACCCUUGGGUGCACCCCAGUGAUGGUGGGCUUAGCUGCCCAGAACCCCUGCCAGGGCUGGGGGUGAAGGGGAGUCAUUACUCCGCCCACCCAGGACCCCUCCAAAGAGUUUUUUUUGAAUAAACGAGCUAUUUAGGUGCC